GGUGAGGGCAGAUUCACUUUUGGAUGCGUGAAACUACAUUGAAAAGGGAAUGUCCCAAGCCGUGGCAUGUGGGUUUCACUUUCGCUUCCACUUGUCAACAUAUGCGGGACUGUUUGGCGUUUUGGAUCGUUUAUAAAAAUGCACCCCACUUGGAGUGCAAAACCUUUUCGUAUGGGGGCGUUUGAUGAAUCCAUUUCCCCAGGGUUCCACAGCCGUCCUUUACAUCGGGGCCAUGAAAAGAGUGUCGAAGGCAUUCCAAGCGUGUGCAAGUUCGAGCUCCGAGCGGAAUGAGACGGAGCAUGUUGGCUCGAGCUUCUGGGAGAAGAAGUCACUCUGCUGUUGCCGUGAGACGGAGGGAAAGAGCACUCCGGACUCGUGAGCGACGGCAUGAAGUUGCAGCUCGGAACUCUUCCUCCCUGUCCCUGGCGCCCUGAAGCCGAGAUCAGACAGCCGCAGCUUGGAAUGUCUUGCAAGUUGGAGGAGAUUACAGGUGAUCAGCCGUUGCUCUACGCCGACUUCCAGGGCCCUCUGCCAUCUGAGCAAUCUGAAGAGGAGAAGGAGACAGCAUCCGCUGAGAGUGCUCCAUCCUACUUCUCUUGGACGAUGCCUGUGUGCGAGGAUCCACCACGAAGGCCCAAUCGAUUGCUGCACGAGUAUCACGUCUGUUGCUUGAACCGUUCCUUGAAGGAGAUACGAAGUGGCAAAAGAGAUAUUCGGCAGGAGGUGUCCUUCCGCCGAGGCGAAGAGCCGCGCCGCUCGUCGUCCUCGAUGUGCCUGUCACGGGCCGCGCUGGAAAUGGUCAGUCGACUGAAAGCAGCGUGGUUUCAUGAGGAGCAACGAGGGUCGAGAGUCUAGCAUAGUCGUUCCGUGGCUUGCACGUCGUCAUUUGGACUCCAGUGGCCUAGCGUUGACUUAGCAAGCCAAGCCGUGAAGGUGUGUG